AUCUAGUGAGAACUGCUUGCAGCGGCGUUACAGACGACACUUUGUCAGAGGCUGAGAAAGUAGUCCGUGCUUAACCUAUGGUUACCCAAUAGGAGGGCUUUCGAGCAGAAGUCAUACAGAAAAAUCUUCUUUUUUGGGCAAUUAACCUCGGAGAAUAACACUAUCAGUCACAAUACUGUUUUACACCAUGCCACCGCAAAUGGAAUACCAGUGCGAAGAAAGACUGAUCCCACAGAUGACCACAUCUCAUGGUCAAAAAGGUACCGUCAACCAUGAAAUUAAAUGCGUUCUAGUUGGAGAUGGUGCCGUCGGCAAGACCAGUCUAAUUGUCAGUUACACCACGAAUGGAUACCCAACGGAAUACUUGCCAACUGCAUUUGACACUUUCUCUGCGCUUGUUCAAGUUGAUGACACCCCGGUACGGAUUCAACUCUGUGAUACUGCUGGACAGGAGGAGUUUGAUCGCCUUCGUUCUCUCUGCUACCCUGGGACAGAUGUUUUCAUUGUGUGCUUCAGUGUUGUAAACCCUUCAUCGUUUCAAAACAUCACAGAGAAAUGGAUUCCUGAAAUCCGAGCAUACAGCCCCUCCACUCCCAUCAUACUUGUUGGAACGCAGACAGACCUCAGACACGACGUCAACGUUCUUAUCAACCUGGACCGAAUUCGGGUUAAACCCGUCCAUGCCUCUCGAGCCCGGAGUCUAGUAGAGAAGAUCCGGGCACAAGACUAUGUGGAAUGUUCUGCCUUGACCCAGAAAAACUUGAAAGAAGUGUUUGACACAGCAAUCUUUGCUGCAAUAAAGCACAAAGCUCGGCAAGAAAAGAAACUCAGAAUGGACACACACAAGAUGAAAACCCUCUCCAAGGGUGGGUGGAAGAAAUUUUUCUGUUUUGUCUGAUCUCUUCCAAAAAAACAAGACUUUAACCUCUUACUAACUUAUUAUGAAAUGGAUUGAUAAACUGACAUUUUAAUUUAGGAGAAUGGUGGUAGAUCAUCACCACCAGGGCCUCUUAAAGGAUGGGAUUUACGGACCAUUGUUCUCUGGGUUGGCAGUUGAAGAUCAAGAAGAUUGGAUUACAUCCUUAAGCUGCAACACAAACACUUUGGUUUAGGUGGAUAGAAAAUGUCUUUACUGAAACCAAACAGCUGUAAAUGACCAUUGCAAUUAUUAGUAUGAACCUAAAACAUGAACAUAUGGUGCCUUCACCAGCACUCUUGUUGUUUUAUUGCUCUAUUGAUACAAUUUCACUUUAAGUCUUUGGGUCUCUGCAAUUUUCCCAAGUCUUAAUUCCCAGCAAGAGUAUUCACACGUGUUUGUAUAGAUUGAAUUCUAAUGGGAACGGUAAUAAGACAUUUGAAGUGAAUAGCUUUACAAAGUGCAUGACUAUAUUAAAGGCUGGGGUUAAAGGCCCAGGGAGAGAUUUCUCUUUGAUUGUUUGCUAACCAUAGUUUUGCAAGGUCCUACUCAGCAUAGAGACCAACCAUUGGCCAACGACACCUGCUUUGAAAGAGUAAAAAGGGGCAUAUAACUGAGCAGUCUUCAGAAUGUCCUUUUCAGACUACAUUCAUGAAUGUUAAUGCGUCAUAUAGUAGGUGAUGCUACAUUUCCCUGUUAUUUAACAUAGAUAUAUAAGGACCUUAACAGUUUGUAGCUGUUAGAAUGUAAAUAAUGCAUUAUUGCUUCUAGUGGAAGCUUUUAUUUUAUAUUGUUUUUUUUGCAUGUUACAAAUAAAUGCAGUGACUAAUUGAAAUGCAUUGUUAAUGCAACUUUUGAUUACUUUUCAUAUUCCCAGUUUCAUUGCUGUUUUCCCCCCUGUACACUCAAAACUCUGUGUUUA